AUGCGUGACGCUGUGCAACCAUCAGAAUUAUGGUACCGUCUGAGGCAUGAUGAAAAUCUUGCAAUGCAACGACAAUUGGAUGAACUUAGAAAUCAAUCCACUAUGCGAAGAGGACGCGCUCCAUAUCCGUAUACCCCGCGAUCAUUUGAUUUUCAGUCGACUAGCCCGAAUUCACGCAAGCGGCGCAUUGAGGCUGUUGAUGGCUACUCGCAAAAUGAGAAUAGGACUGAACGUGAUGUUGACGUCCACAGCCCACAAGCAGGACAUGUUAAUGCCAUGCCCGAGUCACCCAUUGACACAUCGAUGGUGGAUGCCCCUCCAUAUGAGAGCUCCCCACUCCAAACGUCUCCAAGUAGUGGUCGUCCCGAAAAUGGUGUCUCACAAAUUCAACCUACUGAUCAACACAUGCCUGGUACUUGGCCAACUGACAUAUUUAACCUGAGUGAAGCGGAUGUUGGCAUUAUUCGAGACCACGUUGCUCCAAUGCGGUUCGCUAUACAAAAAGUGGGCAACAAAGCCGUACGGACAUAUCGAGAAUUCGUUCAAGCGGCAGUUGAGGUCACGGGAAGUGCAAAAAGACGGGCGGUGGCUAUUCGUGACAAGCUGACCCCUGAAUUCAUUCGACACAAAAUGAAUCGCCAACAACAGGCGGCGAAAACCCUUCGCCGCCUAAACCCUAGCGAGCGCCAUAUCCUGAAAGCUCGGAGGCUGGGUAUGGGCAAGAAAAAACAAGGCUCUUCAUCUAUACAAGUUACACUCGAUGAAUAUGAAGAUAUCACACCUCCUCGCCCACCUCGCGAUAUGCCACCCUCGGUGAUGAUUGAUUCCUAUCCAGUUCCUAAAGAAAAGGUUCCUACCAAAACAUUAUGCGCUGCCCAAAAAGAUUGUGUUGUGAAAGGCGCAAGGAUACAGAAGGGAAAGCUUCAUGACAAAGCCAAAUCGAAAGCUAAGACCCCCUCUCAGAAGCUCGCUCAACUUACUCAAAAGGAUGUUAACAAAGUCACCAUGCCACGCGCUCCGAGGCGCGGAGAAUUAAUUAAGGGAGCUUGGCCAAAUGCCAUACCGCCAAAUGAAGCUGUUCUACGGGCGUAUCAUGAAUCUUUUCGGGAAUUGAGGAAUAAACCUAUGGAAGCGGUAUCAGAGACAGCAAAACCUUCAGGACCCCCGAAAGGAUAUCGCGGAGUAUAUUUUCCAGGGGAAGAAAAUCAGCCCCCUCUUCCUCCACUUCUUUCAACUUCUGUUCCUCCAUCCAGCCCACCCUCUCCCCCUUUGCAGACAGAAGGACCCAAUCUAGCUGGAGAACCCACUUCUCAACCCGAAGCAUCUGUUGAGACUGAAGAGCCUGAGCCACCUAAAGAAGCACUCCCUCCUUCCUCUCCCGAAUACGAAGGGUUUCUGGCCAGCCCGCCACGACCGCGACGCGAAGCCAAAGUAGUCCACUGGCUCCAGUCUGAAUCUCCAAUGGGACGGCCAAUUUCUUCAAUGCGGGCCUACGAUCCUCUAUCUCGUGUCACCUCAUUUCAACCACACGAACCUGCCAAAGCAGAGGCAUCAGGUCGCCAAGCUACGGAGUCAAUCAACGAGGAAACAUCGACAGAUAGGUCGGUCCAGCGCAGCCAAGCCCUUCUACGAUCUCCGGAAGCCCGUUUCAUCAAGCACCUGACAGCCUCCUGGGAAGCUAAAGUCGACCGCGCGAUGGCACUUUCCGACAAGAGUGAGGUUGGUAUCACACCUCGUGGCCAGCCCCUCCUUCGGAGGUCCCUGAACAAAUGUUACACGAAUCUCGAGUGGCUCAAUGACGAGGUAAUCAAUGCAUACCUGGAGCUGAUCGUUGACUAUGCACGUCAGGAAGCAGGGAAUUCUGGGCGUCACGACAAGCCAAAUAUCACGUCUUCCUAUCAUUCUUCUUCUCAAUCCUUCGGGACAAAGGUUACGAGAGCGUAA